GAGAAUUAGAAUUAGAAUACAAGUAGGUAGCAGAGAAAUUAAGCUAGACAUUGAUAUGAUCAGGUAGGCACUGGCAAUCAGAGAGAGCUAUAUAGACACACACACACAACAGCAAGAGGAAGACACAACGACAGCUAACGGCCAAGAGACUCAGACAGAAAGAGAGGAAUGGAGUGGAAGAAGUGUUAUUUGGAUGUAAUAUUGGUUCCACUCGGAUUUCUCAUAACCUUGGGUUACCAUUUCUGGUUAUGGCAUAAGGUCAGGACACAACCUCUUACCACCAUUAUCGGAAUCAAUGCCACCGCCAGACGUUUUUGGGUUUCAGCCAUCAUGAAGGACAAUGAGAAGAAGAACAUCCUUGCAGUUCAAACGCUCCGGAAUGCCAUAAUGGGAUCGACCCUAAUGGCCACCACAUCCAUCCUUCUGUCGGCGGGGCUGGCAGCCCUAAUCAGCAGCACAUACAGCGUUAAGAAGCCCCUUGAGGACGCCGUUUACGGUGCUCACGGGGAGUUCAUGGUGGCUCUUAAAUACGUUACCAUCUUGACAAUAUUUCUCUUCUCGUUUCUAUGCCACUCUCUGUCCAUCAGGUUUAUAAACCAAGUGAACAUCCUCAUCAACGUCCCCCACCAAGAAUAUGACAGUAGUAGUGAGACCACGACGUCGUUCAUAGUGACCCCUGAUUAUGUGAACGAGCUGUUGGAGAAGGGUUUUAUGCUGAACACAGUGGGGAAUAGGCUCUUCUACGCGGCACUUCCUCUCUUGGUGUGGAUAUUUGGGCCUGUUCUUGUUUUCUUGUGCUCCCUCACUUUGGUUCCUGUGCUUUACAAUCUGGACUUUGUGCUUGUCGGUGACAAGGGAAAGAAUAUGGAUCCAACAGAUCAUCAUCAUCAUACAGACUUUGUUUAAUUAGUAUUUGAUUCACAUGUACGUAAUCAAUAUUGAUAGCUAGCUAGCUAGUUAUAUGUAUGGAUGACUACUCCUUCUUCCUUCUUCCUUCUUCUAAGGGAAGACUUAAUUAAUAGUAUUUGUGUAUGUCAUAUGUAUAUAGAUAAGUCUAUAUAUAUUUUGGGGAAAAAACGGUACGUAGGGAAUUGGAACAUUAUUAAUUAAUGCAAUUGGUGAGGUGACCAACUCAACCAAAUUCUCCAUUACUUGUGGAGGGAGAGACGAGGGGAGAGUUUGGGAAUCUGCUGCUUUUAUUGCGUUUUGUGAUAAAUGGUGGUAGUGCUUU